UAUGUGAGCACUACAUGAAGGUGGAAAUAACAGCAGCAGGGCUGUACAUGGACUUCUGCAGAAUAACAGGGAGCUCCUGAGGAAGGAUGAGGAGACACUAAGGUUAUCAGGACGUCCGAGCACUAUGGGAGCCUGCAGUUGAAGGUGUUAGAGAAAUUGAGUAAAGAACUUGAUGAAAAUUCAAGCAACUACUGAGCCCUGUAUUAGCUAACAUGGAAAAACUUAGUCCUGUCUAUAGUAGAGACGAGUUCUACCUUCAACAGCUCCUAUCUACAGCACAGUGACAAAGCACCGCUCCUAGUGGACUUGGCUGGUGGUGACAUCUCAAGAACUGAACUUCAGAGAUGUCCGAUGGACAAGUGACAUUGACAUAAGCAGAGUGUCGUCUCCUUCACUGUUGGGAAGUCUACUCAGCUUCAGAGAUUGUCGGGAAAGGAGCAACUCCUGAGAUAUGGAAGUCCUUGGGGUGAUAUUAGCCAUAUUUUGUAGCUGCUGCUACCUUGUCCAAGGUUUGGGGGAAAAUCAUGUGCAUUCCAGCUUUAUCUACAGGAGACUGAGAAACCAUGAGAGGAAAGAGAUUCAAAGAGAAAUCCUCUCCAUUCUGGGCUUACCUCAUAGACCAAGGCCAUUUUCACCUGGAAAACAGGCGUCUUCUGCACCACUCUUCAUGUUGGACCUUUAUAAUGUUAUGGCGAAUGAAGAAGAACAUGGAAUGUUGGGGUACACCCUGAGUGGGUCUAUGAUAGAGAACAGAGGGCUAAGGAGGGGAUACCCAGCAGUGGCCAACGGUUACUCCAGGAAAGCCCAAGCCUAUCGCACAGCCCCCCUGACCACACAGAGCCCCCCACUAGCCAGCCUGCAUGAUACCAACUUUCUCAAUGACGCUGAUAUGGUCAUGAGCUUCGUCAAUCUAGUUGAAAGAGACAAGGACUUUUCACACCAACGGAGGCACUACAAAGAAUGAUUUGACCUCACUCAAAUCCCACGUGGUGAAGCUGUCACAGCUUCAGAGUUUCGGAUCUACAAGGAUCGAAGCAACAACCGUUUUGGCAAUGAAACCCUAAAGAUUAGCAUUUAUCAGAUCACUAAGGACUAUUCAAAUAGGGAUGCAGACCUGUUUUUACUAGACACUCAAAGAGUUCCCGCAUAUGAAGUUGGCUGGCUAGUGUUUGAUAUUACAGUAACCAGUAACCACUGGGUGAUAAAUCCACAGAACAAUCUGGGUUUACAGCUAUGUGUUGAAACAUCUGAUGGAAGAAGUGUCAAUAUUAAGUCAGUGGGCCUUGUUGGCAGACAUGGCCCUCAGUCAAAGCAACCUUUUCUAGUUGCUUUUUUCAAAGCAAGUGAAGUUCUGCUCCGAUCAGUCAGAGCAGCAAAUACUAAAAGGAAGAAACAAGACAAGAACAAGUCUACAGCUCAACAUGAUGCAUCAAAGAUGCCCACCAAUGCAGAUUACAAUACAAGUGAACAGAAGCAGGCUUGCAAAAAACAUGAGCUCUAUGUCAGCUUCCGUGACUUGGGCUGGCAGGAUUGGAUUAUUGCUCCAGAAGGCUAUGCAGCUUUCUAUUGUGAUGGGGAAUGUUCUUUUCCACUUAAUGCUCAUAUGAAUGCCACAAAUCAUGCAAUUGUGCAAACUUUGGUCCACCUCAUGUUUCCUGAACAUGUCCCCAAGCCAUGCUGUGCACCAACAAAGCUUAAUGCCAUCUCUGUUUUGUACUUUGAUGAUAGCUCCAACGUUAUUUUAAAGAAAUAUAGAAAUAUGGUUGUAAGGUCAUGUGGAUGUCAUUAAAGACAACAUCUUCAAAGCAGAAAACUAGGGAGAGCUAGAGAUCAAACACAUUGCAUCAUCAUCGUGAUACACAUGUACAGUUUUAUGUAUAUAUUAGAAUUUUGUAAUUUAUUUUGAUAUAAAAUUGCAUUAAUUAAAUGUGACAGAAUCUAUAAGAAGCACCAACAUUUUAUUUAAAUGAGUUAGGAUAAAAUAACAUUUUCUUGCCAGAAACAAGCAUUUGUAUUUUCUGGAGGCAUAGACAUUGUUACUAUUUAAUGAUGACACAGUAAGUAAUACUUUAUACCCAUACAGUUGUUAUGUAGUAUUUAUUUAGAAAUUAACCUUAAAACACAAUAAUUAGUCAUAUCUAGUCAAUUUAAUGCAUUAAAAUAUUUUAGAAAA